GAGAAGUCUUUCUGCUUCUGGAAGGAAGAAAAGGCAGGGCUUGCAGAAGAGCCUGAUCACAACCUGGGCUGUGCCUGUAUCAGAAACAAUCUCAUAAGAACUUGUGCUUCAGGGAGACGAGAAUUUACAGCUUCACGGAGACAAAAAUUGCGGUACUAAACAACUAUUCCAUUGCGCACCAGACGAACGGACUCAUUAAAGCACCUGGUACAGUCUUCAGCAGAACGGGUGACAGCAAAGAGUAUUGUUUUAAAUCUGUUAUUGCGAUUUUACGGCAACUAUUAUUAAUCGUAUUAUAAGUGCAGUUUUAGCGGGUUUGUUUUUGUUUUUGUGCGCGUAAUGAUGGCCACUUACCAAAACCCUGAAGAUGACGCAAUGGCCUUGAUGGUCCAUGACACUAACACGGCUAAAGAGAAGGGGUUAUCCAAAGAUGAGUCGAACCAGGACAAGAGUUCGGAGAAGACGGACCCGUCUCAGAAACCACCCUACUCUUAUGUCGCCCUAAUUGCCAUGGCGAUUCGGGAAAGCUCGGAAAAAAGACUUACGUUGUCUGGUAUCUAUCAAUACAUCAUCACGAAGUUCCCUUUCUACGAGAAAAACAAGAAAGGCUGGCAAAACAGCAUACGCCACAACCUGAGCCUUAACGAGUGUUUCAUUAAGGUACCGCGGGAAGGCGGGGGCGAGAGAAAGGGAAACUACUGGACCUUGGAUCCCGCGUGCGAGGACAUGUUUGAGAAGGGGAACUACAGAAGGAGGCGGAGGAUGAAGCGGCCUUUCAGACCCCCUCCGACGCAUUUUCAGCCAGGGAAAUCUCUUUUCGGUGGGGAUGGAUACGGCUACCUUACUCCUCCAAAAUAUCUGCAGUCCAGCUUCAUGAACAACUCUUGGUCGCUUAGCCAGCCACCAACUCCUAUGCCCUACACGUCUUGCCAGAUGGCAAGUGGAAACGUGAGUCCCGUCAACGUCAAAGGACUGUCAGCUCCGUCCUCUUACAACCCGUACUCCCGCGUGCAGAGCAUGGCUCUGCCCAGCAUGGUGAACUCCUACAACGGCAUGAGCCAUCACCACCACCCGCACGCUCACCACCCCCAGCAGCUGAGUCCGCCCACAGCGGCGCCUUCCCCGGUUUCUUCCAGUAACGGAGCGGGCCUCCAGUUCGCCUGCUCCCGUCAGCCUGCCGAGCUGUCUAUGAUGCACUGCUCGUACUGGGAUCAUGACAGCAAACACUCAGCAUUACACACACGGAUUGACAUUUAAAUUGUCUAGGGGAUCCAUUCGAACACACAGGACUCUAUAAAAAAAAGAAUGGAAGAAGUCAAUGCAUGUAUUUUUUUUCCAAGACGUAAAAAUGGAUUUUGAAGUGUUGAUUCCAUCAGGGGCUGUGUAAUACCUAAUGUCCUGGAAAAUCAUCUCGCCUUCUUCUCGGAGUGAAAAGGAGUUGUACGUACCGAGACAUUACAGUAUGUACUUUGACACAUUGGAAAUUGUGAAGAAAAAGAAAAAACGCAGAGACAGGGAAGGCAAAUAUUCUAGUGACCAUUGUGUGCCCCCUGUGCCACGCUGGGCUGAGGAUCGUGUGUUUGUAUGGUACACCUGUACAAUUCGACCAUUUCCCUUAGCAAGGGAAUCAAGUAUUUGAAAAUACUAUUUAAAUGUCUGUCGGAUGCAAGUUCCAUAUGCGUUUAUGCUGUGCAGAAGUAAAAUUAAGCCAAAAUACAAAAUAGUCAAAAGACCCCUUUUGUUGAGGAAUUCAAAACAACACUUGUAAGCAACUAAUAACUGAGUAAGUACUCAUGUGUAAGAAAACUAACAUAGUGCAUUGAAAAGACUUUUCGUAGAACGCCAGGUGAUAAAUUCAGAUCUUAGCCUCGAAAGCCCGUUUGUCUUAUUAGUGUUAUUACCUGGGGCUACUGAAUGUGUGAUGGGUUUGUAGAGAAACUGAGAAGUCAAACAUACCUAUGUACUUUGUUAGACCAAAGGUAUAUUGUUCCUUCAGGGGGUCAUUUAUUUGUAGACUCCUUGGCCUCUUAUAGAAAUCGUUAGUUUGCAAUAACAUCAUC